UCAGACCUGGGAGCUGCAGACAUGGCCCGGACCCUGCUGGCUGCGGCCGCCCUGCCGCCGCUGCUCUGCCUGCUGCUCUGCCCCGCCUCCCUCUCAGUGACAGUGAGCAGCAGCAAACCCAAAGUGGAGGUCCACGAACACACCGACGCCGUGCUGAGAUGUGAGUUCAGGACGGAGAAAGACCAGAACCCUCGAAUCGAGUGGAAGAAGAGGGGGAAGUCGGUGGCCUUCGUCUAUUUCAAUGAGAAAUUCACCCGCGCCUACGAGGGGCGGGCCACGAUGGACGGCGCCACGCUGACCAUCCACUCCGUGACCCUGAAGGACUCGGGGGAGUACCGCUGCGAGGUGACGGCCACCGAGGACCACGUCAACCUGGGGGAGGCCGUGGUCCACCUCAACGUGCUGGUGCCUCCUCACGUCCCGUCCUGCGACGUGCCCAGCUCCGUCUUCGUGGGUUCGGGUCUGGAGCUCCUGUGCAGGGACAAGCUCAGCGUUCCCCCGGCCACCUACCGCUGGUACAAGGACAACAAGGCGCUGACGGCCGGCGGAGAGGCUCCCUACAGCAUCGACAGCAGCAAGGGCACACUGAAGUUUAAAAGCGUGUCUAAGAUCGAUGGAGGGAUGUACCGCUGUGAGUCCUCCAACAGCGUGGGGGCGCCCAAGAGCUGCGUGGCUCAGCAGCUCAAAGUGGUUGACUACCCGCUGAACCUGACGGUCCUGGUCGCCGGGGCGGCAGGUUUCGUGGCGCUCUUUCUGUUCUGCUGCAUCUGUGUGUGUGUGUGCCGCCGCCGGGGCUGCUGCAAGAAGGCCAAGAAGACCAAGAGCUCCAAGUCCUUCUGCCCUCCUCCGCCUCCUCCGCCUCCGCCCCCCACCCGCAGCUUUAAGCACUACAAACAGACUCAGUCCUUCAUGAUCUGAGGCGGAGCGUCCCUCCAGGACGGACGGGUCGUGCACAGGAGGACUGUCCAAGAUCCACAACUUUUUCAAAUGCUGUACAAUAUUUUUAUGAAAAUCUUGUGUGUCUGUUGUGAAGCUUGAGGAAUCUGAAUUAUAUUUUUGGUUGUUUUUUUUUUAAGUCCUCAGGUUCAAUAGGUCAGCUGAACACAUGGCUCUCUACUGCCUCCUAUGGGUCAGCACACACACUUCCUGCUGUACUGUAAAUAGAUCGCUACACGUGGCCUUAAUCUCUUUACCGCAGUGCUUAUUUACUUGAACGAAGCUGUUUAUCUGUAUUUUUAUGAUGUGUUGAUCUCAUGUUAUAUUUCCCUGUUUCCUCUUUGAUUGUAUUUAGUUUUUGAUGUAAAUGAGGUGCCAGAUGAACAGGUGUCUGCACACACUGAACGGUGUCACAGAAAACUCUUUUAUACGUGCAUAUUUUGACAAAUGUAACUCAUUAUCAACAAAUAAAAAAAGUGGAAAUCAGUAGGAAUUUAUUGGUCGAGAUUUAUGGUGUAACAGCCGGCAUAAAUGCUU